GCCCCCGUAGAGAUGCCUUUUCCAUGUACGGGCUCCUUGAGUUACGGCCGGGCGGCCGGGGGGGCCGCGCCCCGCGGUUCCGCCCCCGGGCCCGCGUCAGCGGCGGCCGCGGAGCGGAGCGGGCAGCGCGGCGCUGCCGGCAGUCGCGCCAUGCACUCCCUCGCCCAGGAGAUCCGCAGCUUCUCCAGGGCCAACCUGCGGAAGCAGCGCACCCGCGUCACGACGCUGAGCGGCCGCCGGAUCGUGGAGACGUGGCGCGGCGCCUGCCUGCACAUGGAGGAGGAGGAGGAGGCGGCGCCCGGCGGCGGCUUCGUGCAGGACCUGAGCGCGGACCUGCAGGUCGGCGUGGUGAAGCCCUGGCUGCUGCUGGGGUCGCAGGAUGCCGCUCACGACCUGGAGACGAUGAGGAAGCACAAGGUCACUCACGUUCUAAAUGUGGCAUAUGGAGUCCAAAAUGCCUUCCUCAAUGACUUUAUUUACAAGACCAUUUCCAUUCUGGACCUCCCAGAAACUGAUAUUACCUCCUAUUUCCCUGAAUGUUUUGAGUUUAUUGAGCAAGCCAAGAUCCAGGAUGGCGUGGUGCUGGUUCACUGUAAUGCAGGAGUCUCCCGUGCAGCAGCUAUAGUCAUUGGUUUUCUAAUGAAUUCAGAAAGACUGAGCUUUGCCAGAGCCUUUUCCUUGGUGAAAAAUGCACGGCCUGCAGCUUGUCCAAAUCCUGGCUUCAUGGAGCAGCUCCACAAGUACCAAGAACAGAUUUUAAAGACAAAUGGAAGCAUAAACAAUCAUGACUGAUCCAAAGGGAGAAGUGAAAUUAUCUGUUUUGACUAUACAUACAGGAAGAGAUGUUGGAUGUACUUUAAUCUGUCAUUUUAAAAUCCCCUUUCACAUGUGCAUUUUCAAGUCUUUAUAUUUUUUUCUUACCCUCCUUUGACCCUGUUUUUUUCCAGCAUGCCAUCAAAAGGCCAAAUGGUGUUGUACUGACUUCAAAGAAGUUUUGCCUAAAACCAGAGCACUAAUAAAAAGAUACAGCUCAGUUUUCCUUGAAAUAUUAGAAAACAGUAAAAUGAUGGUUUGCUUACUGAACCAUCAGAAAAUGUGGGCAAUAGAGAAAGGAAGUAAAAUAACUGAGGUAAGUUCCUUUCUUUCCAAAUCUGUGCUUUCCUACUUGGUUGUAAAAUUGAGAUAAUAAAAUUGAUUUUAAAAUUAUAUUGCAACUAUAGAUGAUGAUAUUGAAUUUUGUGGGCUACCUAGCCAUUCAUUUAUUUUUUUUUUAAUUAAAACUAUGGUAUUUUGAAGAUACUCAAAAUGCAUAGGAUGCUUUAAUGCUUUGUGUAUUUCUAUUGUUUCUCAUCUAGUAGUGGUUUGAAGUGCACUAACAUGAUGAGUCCAGUCUUGGAACUAGCAGGGGUUUUUUUCCUGUGCAUCAUUUCAGUAGAGAUACAAAAAAUGUUGAUAAUGAUCUGUCUCUGCUCAUGCUACUGUCUUUUUGUCACAUCUGGUCCUCACGUGCUGUCCCCUCACUCCAUUCCACAUCAUAUGUAAAGAACAGACGUCAUAGGGUAAUUUUGAUCCUCCUGAGAGAGCCCAGUCUGAAAUUACUGUCUUAAUAUGCUUUUAAAAAACUGACAAGAUUUUAAUAGUAUUUUGUGGCCUUCAUGAUUUGUUAUAUUAAUAUGCAACAAAAUAAAGAGAACACUGUGUUUGGAUAAA